CGCGGAGGGCCCGGCCGGAGCCAUGCGAGUCGGAAAUCUGUAGCGAUCGGCUCGCGGUUGCCGAAUCUGACGCCCCCAGCCGGGACCCGAGGGCGGUGAUGGCGAAGAAGGAUGCUGCCAGAAGUGCCCCCGCUACUGGGGCUGGAGGAGACGUCAUUGCCCAGGCAGCUGGCGGGGACAGAAGCCCUGGUGCCUCAGGCAGGCAUUCGGCAGCUUUGGCCACUUUCUAGGGAGAACAGGAUGAGCUGGUGUGCCAGGGUGAUGCCAGGGCAGCGUGUGCUCUGUUAGGGAUCCCACCAGGUAAGGACUCUAAGCUGAGCUGUCCUCUGUGAAAGGAAGCCAGCAGUCUUGUUCCAGGGCUUGCACAUUUCCCAUGUGUGACCUGCCUUAGCCUUGGGAAAGAUUACGCUUCCCAGAACAAAUGGAGGACCUGUGAUUUUGAGGUCUUCUUUCGAAGGACUUCCUUCAAUGGAUACAGACAGAGCCUGUAUUUCACUCAGCUGUGUUUGUGACACUUAGGCUGUGUAAACCCUGACCCUCUCCACAGAGAUGUUGCUUGGUGUGGUGCAUCCUCGAGGAGAAAUGCCUUUGACUUCUUUCUCCUCACGGCCCUCGGUGGAAUAGAUUACAAGAAGGUCUGCAAAAGGAAGGGGUUACUCACUUCAGUGAUGGUCUCCUGAAAGCCAAAACCGCUGGAGCUUAUAUUGAGUUUGAGGUAGCUCCAAACUCAUUCUGAGUGGAGAUUCAGAGAAGCAGAGCUGGUUCCUGGAGAUUUCCCACUCUGCUUUUGGCAACAAGUGCUGGACCCAAAUGGCUUGACGCAGUUUUACUCACAGGUAUGUUCAAUGUUUAGAAAAGGAACAACACUUCAGCCAAGGUCCCCAUAAAUCACACUAUUUCCUGAGGCAAGGGGAGGCUCUUAAUAUGAAUAUUUAUCCUGUGUGUUUCAUAGCAUCAUUGCAGAAGUAGAUGUCAACCAUGUGCAAUCCCCAAUACAAAGAGGAUGCUAGACCACCAGUUCCCUUGCAGGAUAAGGCUUUCCUGCAUUUGGAGAGCACGCCUUGUGUAUCUGUAUGUGUAUAUUCACAUGCAUACUUCCAAAGAAGAUUCUUGUCUUAAUGGUUUUGAGCAGAAGCACCUACAUUUAAUGAAGAAAAGACAACAUUCUCCCAUGACAUUCCUUGAGUGACACAACAAGCACCAUCACAAUAGUGAGCAAACAGUUUUUGCAGGACAGAUCAGCAUCUUUUCAGUGCGUUCACUUCCAAGAGGAUACCAUCUUUUUCUUUGAAUCCUGAGCAGUAGCAUUUCACAUGACUCUGUUUCCCCUUGCACUUGGAAGAGGUGGCUUUUCCUCUGUCUUUCCCACACUGUUGACCUGUGUCAGUUGUUUGGUGAUUGAGGCACAUUUGCAUUGUUCAGGGCCUCCAGCAGCCUUGAGGCAGCCUCCUGCAACUCUUCUUCCUUCACUGCCUUCCCAACGGACAACAACAACUUCAUUGUCUGCAGCGAGCUCUGCACCUGGCUGUCUAGCAGCCUGAGGAGGAGAUCCUCAAUGUCACUGUGUGGCAGCUGCUGGCCACCGGCUGUCGCCUCUGUGGCUUGUGGGCCAGCAGGUAAGAAGGUGGGGGUCACAGAUACUUCCGUGUCAGGGCUGGAGCCAGCUGGAUGGGUACUUGUGGGAGAUGUGGGGUAAAGUGGCUGGGGACCGAAGUUUCUGGAUGACAUGGCAUCACUGCUCGUGGUAACGUCGUUGGCGCCUGCUGUGUUGUGCAGAUUGGCGCUGCUCUCUCCUGGGCAUGCAAUCCUCUGUGGAGGAGAAAACAUACCUCUGUAGAAGCUUCAGGAGCAGGCACCUAGGCACUCCCCUGUUCUGUGAGUUUAGCUCUCACUGCACAAUCCCAUCUUUCCCACUCCCUACAAAGAUGAGCCCAAGAAAGCAAAGAAACCUUCAUAUCCUUUCUUUGUCGAGUCUCCCCAUAAGUCUCUCAUGGGACUCACAGGUGUCUUUACUUUCUUUCUCUUCUAGCCUGCAUGAAUCCCCCCUCUCCUGGAGAACCUAGAUUGUCUCAACUUGGUUGGGAACGAGCUGGAGAGGAGGGCUGAGGUGGUCCUCACAGGUUCAUUUUCUUGAAGAUAACUCCUGCAAAGUCUCCUUUUUGGCAAAUGGCUUCAGGUGCCAUCUGAAGUUAAUCAGCUUGGUGUGAGUGCGCCUGGAAUGUGGGCUACCCCUGGCUCUCCCCUCUCUUCCCUGUCUUUUAGCCUCUUGUUUUCCCACUUCCUGAUUUUCAGGGCUCUCCCUUUAGCUUGUUACUUGCCCAGAGCACACAUAGUCUUCAGGAAAUAGCUAAAUAACUCACCUUAAGAAAAUACUUUUUCUUAAUACAGCGAUAAAAAGAAAAGGUGCAGAAGUUUGGGAAGAAAGGAUUUCCUGGCAUUUCAGAGCAUACGGGUCCUAGAAAGAGGCAAAGGAAGAGACAGACCUAGUGAUAAACUCCAGUGCUGGCAUCCUAUCAGCCCUUAGCAAUAAUCUCACUGUCGAGUGACAUCCCUCCAUGAAAACUCCUAUGCCAUUUGGGUGCCCCCCUGAACCUUGUGAGAAACUCCGUGUUUUCUUGGUCAUUUCCAUGACCCAGGGUGUGAGAGGAGGCUGAUCCUAGGGACGUGUGUGGUGCAAUCAGGUGUGAGAAACGGUGUGCAUGAGCACAUGCCUUCUCUUCACUGCAGGAUUGCUACCCAUCUCUCUCCCCCACCAGCUCCCGAGUCUGUCCUCUCCCAGUGAUCAGGUCCCGUGCGGGACCCCCAUCCAGCUGCCUGCCCUUGGGAAUCACGCUUGGCUUUACCUUGAGGGAUGACUCCGUGGUUUUCGUACUUGUCCAGUGUCUGGACCAGUGAGUUCUGGCAGCCAUACAGCUCACGAAGAUGGCAGGCAGUGCUGGCUUGGAGUGUGAUCCGGAGGAACUUGAAGAACUGGCGGUACUCCUGGUUGGAGAGUGGCGUUCCUGGCUGCUGUGCCUUCGUCCCCCGAGGGCCAACUAUGCAGCCCCAUCCCAAGAGCACUGGUAAAAAAUAAAGUGCAGGGAGUCAGAGGGAGAAGGAAACCCUAACCACGCCACAUUCAGAACUGGAGAGCUGAAUCCAGAUCUCUGUUGCCUUUUCUGGGUGCAGGAUCCAGCAUGUGGGAAAUGCAGUAACAGACUGGAGAUGGCAGAUCCAGACCUGGGAAAAACCUGCCCCACCCAUGUUGAGAGGGGUGCAGUAUUUUGGGGACAGUACUUGGCUGAGGGGCCUUCACCAUAGCUCUGGAGAUUCAAAUCUCGAACUGGGAGAAAUGUCUUGGAAGUCAUGGCUGGGAAUAUUGCUAUGCUCUUGGGGCUGGAUCAAGGAGACCGUUUCAUUUCAAGAUUUUUAGCCUCUGCAAAUGUUCUUCCUCUGGCUAAGUAGGUCUUUAACCAAGGUCCUCUCUCAGAUCUCCUUCUCCUGCCUCCCCUGUUGCUUCACUGGGCCAGCUCUUUCCUUCUGGCCUUGCAGGUUAAGUCUAGAUCUCUGUGCUUGUGUCUGAUUUAAUGCACCCAGAUGUCCCUGUCUCCAGUCUCUACCUCUGCUCCAGUCUGUGCCUACACAUCCAGCUCUGACUCCUCCCUGGCUCCUAGGUCAUUCUGUGGCCCUUCCUGAAGAAUAGAUACCAGCACAAGUGGGUGAAAACUGGCAAAAUUCUAAGCCUCAGGAUCUUUGCACCUGAGGUGUUGGAGGGUGCUCCCGUCCCUUCCUUUUGCCUCCAGACUGCCCAAGCUGAGGAGCAAUGGGGAGGGGUGCAGAGCAGCCACUUCAGCUGCCCUUUCUCACAACCAGGCUUGGAGGAGAGAUGUUUGCUACUUACCAGACAAAACCAGGUAAGCCCUCAUAGCCAAUAUCGAACUGUGAGCAGGGCCUGUGACAGGCAGGGCCGACAGUCAGGGCCCAGUGUGCUGCCAGAGGUGUCACCUCCACUCUUUCACUGGUGAUGUCAUAGACACCUGCAUUCCCAACACUCCAUCCUCUGCUGCUCACGCCUCCUCCCAGCUGUGCCUCCCUGCUGCCUCCCCCCCUGCUGCCCCCUGACAGGCUGAGUGUGGACAUACUGGUAUUUGUGCACAAACUCCUGCUCAGUGCCAGCUCUUUGAAGUCCAUCUGGAAGGAGGCCAUUUUUCUGGAGCACAGGACAAAAAAUUCUGCCUUCAGACUGCUCGUGUCAAUAAAUGACCUGCAGUCCCCAGCUUGGCUUUAACCUUUCAGAUGGAGUGAAGAGAAAUAGCUUUUUGGCCAGAAGCAACUAAAUACCAAGACAGUAGAGAGACUGCUCACAAGCAGGUGACAGGACUGUGGGUGACAUGCAGAACAGCAGCCAUCAUCAGGAAAGUCCUGUGAGAGCUGAACUGCAUCUGUGUUCCCCCAGGAAGCUCACAGGAGAUACCUUGCAGGACACCGAUCAAAGACAAGACUGCAAGCAGGAGUUGGAGACGGAAAGUGAGAUGGAGACAUCUUUUGCAAAGAGACAGGGAAUGGUAACUCGCUAUGGGAUGGAAAUCUGGGAGUGUGAGGACAGCGGUAGAGGCCACAUCAGCAAGGUUAUCCUUGCUGGGGACAAGCCCGACCCACCCAUGUGUGGGAAUGGUGCCAUUUGGAUUCAGCAGGUGGGAGAGAAAACCUAUGAGUGUCCCGAAUGUGGGAAGAGCUUCAGCCGGAGUUCCUAUCUGAGCCAACACCAGAGGAUCCACCUGGCAGAGAAACCCUUCAGCUGCUCUGAAUGUGGGAAGAGUUUCACCCGCAACUCAGACCUGAUCAAACAUCAGCGGAUCCACACUGGUGAGAAGCCCUACCAGUGCAACGAGUGCAAGAAGACCUUCAGCCAGAGGUCCAACGUGAUCAGGCACCAGCGGACCCACACGGGAGAGAGACAUUACCUGUGCAACGAGUGCGGGAAGAGCUUCAGCCAGAACUCGCAUCUCAUUGUACACCAGCGCAGCCACAAGGGAGAGAAACCCUUUAAUUGCCUCCGGUGUGAGAAAAGCUUCAGUGACCGUUCCUCCCUGAUCAUACACCGGAGAGUCCACACCGGAGAGAAGCCCCACAAAUGCCAAGAGUGCGGGAAGUGUUUCCGGGACAGCUCGGCCAUCAUUCGGCAUCAGAGGAUUCACACGGGAGAGAAACCAUACGAGUGCACCGAGUGUGGGAAAACCUUCCGGCAGAGCUCCUCGCUGGUGACCCACACACGGACACACACGGGCGAGAAGCCCUACAAGUGCCCUGUGUGCGGGAAGGGCUUCAGCCAGAGCUCGGCGCUCACCACUCACCGCCGGAUCCACGGUGGGAAGGCCCUGUCCAUGUACCACAGCGGCCUCCUGCCUAACCCCUACCAGUGCACCGAGUGCGGCCGGAGGUGCAGCGACCACUCCACCCUGGCCAAGCACCAGAGCACACACGCCGAGGAGCGGCCCUUCAUCUGCGUGGAGUGCGGGGACAGCUUCCGGCGGAGCUCAGCUCUCAACGUCCACCUGCGGAUCCACCGUGGGGAGAGACCCUACAAGUGCGAGGAGUGCGGAAAAACGUUCAGGCACAGCUCAGCCCGCUGUGCCCACCUGAGGAUCCACGCAGGAACCAAGCCCUACGAGUGCAUCGAGUGUGGGAAAAGCUUCCGGAAAAGCUCAACACUUAAAGUGCAUUUGAAAAUCCACGUGGCCAAGAAACCUUAUAAAAGUGUGGUGGGUAGAAGAGUGCUCACUUUCCGCUCACUUCUGCCAUAAGCCUGGAGUGGGUGUUCAGAGCAGGAAACUAAACUAGUGUUGGGGCUACCUUAAAAAGGUGGGUAAUGAGAACCACGGUGUGAAGAGACUGACUGGAGACACGGUAUCUCUGGUAUUAGGGCUGGGUGCUAAACCCCAGUGGCACAAGAACUAUUAGGAGGUCUGGAAACAGGGAGUUAGUCCUAAGAGCUGAGUGCUGGUGGUUUAGGAAGAGUGUCAGGAAUGUGAGGAAUGAGCACCAGCUUCAGCGUAAAUCAGGGACUGAGAAUACGUGGUAGAAUAACAGCUGGGAGAAUUGGGCUUGUAAAAUACAACAGAAGUGAAGAUCGUAAUAAAAUGUUUCAGGUUGGUUCUGGCUCAAAACUUUAGCUUGUUAGACACUGUAGUAGUCUUAGGAACUGAACUCUCUCAUUAUUACCUUCCCUUAUUUUUCAUGAAUAUAGUCAGUUUACCCAGUGUUUGACAAGGCAUUUUCAAAUCUUUUGAGUCUGAGACUUUGGAGCUGAACUUCAGUCUAUUUUGUCUUUUCCAAAUCUUACGUGGGACAAUGAGUUCCUACCUCAUGAUAGGUGAGUAUGUACCCAGAAAACAUGGAUGUGGAAGCAUUUCCAUUUGAAAAGCAGCCAUUUAAUAGUCUGUGACAGCUUCUCCCAGAUUUCUUCUUGCUGAUUUGAAACGCCUUCUGCUUGGGACAUCAAUGAAACAUGGACAAAAAUGUGGCCUUUUUUUAUUUAACCAAAAACCAGGAUUUUUCCCCUAGAUGUCCUACUCUGAAAUGUUACGUGAUGAGUUCUUACUGCUGGUCGGGAGACUGACUGCAGUUCUGUAGUCGUUUUUACACUACUCUUCUUUAGCUCACCGUUGUUUGAAAAGUAUUAACAUAUAAAGUUCAGCACCGAACAGGUAGGAACGACUAUAUUUGCAUUUAUUACUAUGCCAACGACCGUGUAUUACAUAAACCUGUAUUGCAAUGUUUUUGUUACUGCGUGUUUCCAUCCUGAAUAAAACCUUUCGUUCUCUCCUG